CAUAUUCAACGCAAUUGGCUUAACGAAGAUCAAAUGGCCCAAAUCAUGCCACUUGCAGACCCCACCCUUAUUUCUCUCCCCACAACCCAUUCUUCUUCUUCUUCUUCUCCUUUGCUGCGUCUUUCGGAUUCUCAUAAUUCCAGCAAGCAAGGCCUCUGCCACGACGCCAUGCGGCGGAGGCUCCGACCCAACCUCUUCCUCACCUUCGCCGCCAUCGCUUUCUUCCUCUUGUUGUCUCUCCACCUCUCCCGCCACGCCUUCUCCUCCCAAACCACCGCUACCGAUUUUCUCUUCUCCUCCUCCGCGGCCGCCAAUCUCCGAUCGGGGAAUUCCGAUCACUACUACAAUCUCGCCAUUCACGAAGACUCGGAUCUACUCAACAACCGCCAUGUCCGCCACGUCUCCUCCGUCAAGGACUCGAAUAGUACCGCCGCCGCCUCCGUGUCGGUUCUCCUCACUGACUGGGAGGUUUUGGUGAUCGUCUCUCAUCCGGUGCAGCCGCUCUCAGGCGACGACUUCGUCUGCCUUUUUCAGAACGGCGACACGUCGGAGGCGAGAUACUCCGGGGUUUUACCGAUGAACAAUCGGACGACGUACAAGUGCACUAUGCCGAACAGCGUCCGCAGUCUGCGGCCGUUCUUCAUGCCGGUUCUGACCAAGCCUUCAACGGAGAAGGAGGAAUCUCCCCCACCAUUUCAAUUGCUGGAGCUCUACCGGUGGACUUUUCUGGUUUACGAAUCGUUUUCGACCGAAGACGACAUCGUUCUGUUCGUCAAGGGAGUUAACAACCGCCAAGGCAGGAACCGGCCGCCGAGUGACUUGAACUGCGUCUUCUUCUACGACGACGGCAACAAUUAUAACAUCGCCACUAAAACCGCCGUUACGAGCUCUGCUCAGGAGGUCUUCAGGUGCGCUCCCCCAGAACUAACGUCGCUUGAUUUCAACAGACCAAUCAAAGUCUCUCUAGAGAUUUUGUACGAGAAUAUGAUAGUCCCCUCUGUGGCGCAAUACAUACGCCGGUGCAGUCUAGCAAAUCCAGAGCCAAAGUCUCUACUGUGCGCAUUCGCGAUGGUGUACAACUCCGGCAAGUUCCUCAAGGAAUGGGUGACGUACUAUUCCAAAAUCGGAGUCGAUAAGUUCAUAUUGUACGACAACGAUAGCAACGACAAUCUGAGCAGCGUCGUUGAGGAGCUAAACGGCAAGGGUUACAACGUAACAACAUUGUUUUGGGUCUGGCCAAAGGCCCAGGAGGCUGGGUUCUCCCACAGCGCGAUCUACGGAAAAGACUCGUGCUCUUGGAUGAUGUACGUCGAUGUUGAUGAAUUCAUCUACUCCCCAUCGUGGACUAGCUCCUCCAAACCAUCUGACGACAUGCUGAAAUCCCUCCUCCCGCGGGCCCCACCUUCAAAACCAUCUGACGGUUCGAUCAACAUUGGUCAAGUUUCCAUCAAGUGCAACGAUUUCGGCCCCUCCAACCAACCGACCCACCCAACCGCAGGUGUGACCCAGGGGUACACGUGUCGAAGAAAGGCUGAAGAACGACACAAGUCUAUUCUGCUCCUGGAAGCAGUGGAUCCUUCCUUACUCAACGUGAUUCACCAUUUUCAUCUCAUCAGCGAUAAGUACAGGUCCAAUACGAUAAGCAUGCAAAGAGCCGUGGUGAACCACUACAAGUACCAGGCGUGGUCGGAGUUUCGGAACAAGUUUCGAAGAAGAGUGUCGACCUACGUGGCGGACUGGACGGAGAAGGUGAACCCGGAGUCCAAGGACCGGACACCGGGGCUAGGGUUCGAAGCCGUCGAGCCGAAAGGCUGGGCUAAGAUGUUUUGCGAGGUUAGAGACGAACGCUUGAAACUGCUGACCCGGAAAUGGUUCGGGUCCCGGACAUCCGACGGUUACAAAAUGGCAUGGGAGAAUGACGAUCGUGAUGAGGAAUAAUUAGGAGGAUUAAUCAAGGUUUAUUAUUAUUAUUAUUAUUAUACUAAUUGAUUGUUGUUAAUUAGAUAUAGAAGGGGUUUUAAUGGGAGGGACUGUUAUAUUGGGCAUGUUUUGGUACAUAAGAAGUGACAGACGGAUU